AUGUUAUCGUAUGCGCGACCAAGACAUUCGCCAAUGGUGGAAGUUGAAAGUGAAUACCAGCGCCGUACCGCGCAUGUGCUCUGCAUUGGCCAGCGGGUGGUUGGGUUACAGUUGGCGAAGAAGCUGGCGGCGGACUGGCUCAAUUACUGUUUCGAUCGUAAGAGUGCCUCAAUGGUCAAGGCCCAGGCCAUCACAGACUACGAGCCCCAGUUCUGUCCGGCCGCCUAA